AUGGAGUGCUUGGAGGAACGGGGAGGACGCUUGUUUUGGCCGGUGUUCUAUGGAGUGGAUCCGUCGCAGGUUAGGACCCAAAGUGGGAGUUAUGCAGAAGCUUUGGAAAACCAUGAGAAUGAUGACAAGGUCAUGAAAUGGAGAGAGGCUUUGUCUCGAGCUGCUAAUAUGGCUGCCUGGCAUUUCCAACAUGGGUUAACAAAAUUGGCAAUUUCCAUUGGCAUUUCCAACAUGGGUAAGAAUUGUUUAGUUGGCCUUGAGUCUCUAGUGCUGCAAGUGACAUCUCUCCUUGGACAAGGCUCUGAAGAAGGAGUGUUUGAGUCAUUGAGCUCACUAGAUUUUGAAGGCUGCAAGUUCUUAACUGAACUGCCUAGCUUAUCUGGAAUACCAAAUUUGACGGCAGUAUCUCUUAAUAACUGCACUGAUUUAAUUAGAAUUCAUAGUUCAGUUGGAUUUCUUGAUAAACUUAAGUUAUUGAGUGCUCAAGGAUGCACCCAGCUAGAAAUUUUGGUACCAUGCAUCUACCUGACAUCUCUAGAGACUCUAGAUCUGAGGGAUUGCUCACGUCUUAGGAGAUUCCCAGAAGUGUUGAGAAUGAUGGAGAAUAUAAGAGAGGUUUACCUGGAUCAUACUAAUAUAGAUGAACUGCCAUUUUCGAUUGGAAAUUUUGUUGGGCUUCGACAAUUGUUCUUGAGGGAUUGCCAAAGGCUGAACCAGCUACCAAGUACUAUCCAUAUAUUGCCACAACUUGAGAUAGUUACGGCUUAUGGUUGUGGUUGUAGGGGAUAUAGAUUUAGAUUACCUGAAGAAGAAGUAGAAAAAGUGGCCAUGUGGCUUGAGAUUUCGAAUUUAUGUUUUCUAGGGACUUUUAUAGGCAGGUAA